CCCAGCCCCAGCCCCGGCCCCGGCCCCGCGCUCCGCGGGCUCCGAGCGCACAGGGCAAAAUGGCUCAGGACAUGACGGAGAAGGAGCUGCUGAAGAUGGAGCUGGACCAGCUGAAGAAGGAGGUGAAGAACGAGAGGCAGAUGGUCUCCAAGACGGGCAAGGAGAUCAAGGAGUACAUCGAGUCCAUGGCGGGCGAGGACCCGCUGCUCAAGGGCGUCCCCGAGGACAAGAACCCCUUCAAGGAGAAGGGCGGCUGCACCAUCAGCUGACCCCAGGACUGGCAUCGCCCCGCUCCCCCCUUGCCAGCCCCGAACCCGACCCCAGCGCAGUUAAAGGGCAGCAAAAAGGAGAAAAAGGAGAAAAAACUCCACCCCGAACCCCCAAAUCCUCCCCACCCGCCGCCGCCGCUCGCGGCUGAGCUUUGGCUCCCCGCGAGCAGAAGGAAAAGAGCGAAAUUUCUGCGUUGUUUAAUGCAGCUGGGGGCGGUGGAAACAGCGAGCUGAGUCUGCUCCGAGCCUCUGAGCUCAUCCCCGCUGGCCCAAAGGUCCCGGAGCCCUCCCUUCCCUGGGGAUUCCAUGUGGGAUCAGCAUGGGAUGGAGGGAGAUGCCACCAGCCCCCCUCCUCCUCCUCCAGGUCUCGCUUCCUCCUCUGGAAAAGCCCUGGAAAAUCAGAUUUGUGACCGUGCUGUCACCUGGAGCCAUCCCUGAGCUGCGCCCUGGGGUUUUGGGGUUUUUUUUAGCACAAAUUUAAUCUUCUGCUUGACCAAAAAAAACCCCAAAACCCCAGGGCGCAGCCAGCUCCCGAAUGCAGUGGGCUUUGCUGUUGGGAGCUCUUCUGCUUUUUCUUUCCUUUUUUAUUUUAUUUUAUUUUUUUAAUCCAGCUCCGUUUUAAUCUUGGGGAAAACUCUCCCAGAACUGCCCCAAACCCCAAAAGAGAAGUGGCAGCAGUUUGAAUUCAGGAGUCUCUCGGGGCUCUGUCUCCAUCCCAGAGGAACAACCGGUUCAAAUCCAAGGAAAUCCCUCUGGAUCCCUGCUUUCCUGCCCGCUGGAUCUCGGCUCACCCGCGGGGCAAAGGCACUGCAGACACCCUAAAAACAGGAGGAGACAGAAAAAGCGGAUUUUUCUCAAGCAGGGGGGAAAAAAAAGUGGAUUUUCCUCAAGCCCCCUCCCUCCCCUGCAGCCGUCCCUGCACCCCCUGGCCCCUAAAACACCCCAAAAUCGAGUUUUGUUCUUUCUGGCAGAUGCUCAAUAAACCCUCCAGCACCGCCGCGGCCUCUGUCUCUCUUGCAGGAGAAUUUGGGAUUUUCUUGCAGGAGAAUUCCCAGGAUUUUGGGGCUUUAUUUUUGCUCGAAGUGGCUUUUAUUUGCCACAGCGGCUGACCUCGCCCUCUCAAAUGUUGGCUUGUGACCGAUGCCACGCUCCAUCUUU